AUGUCGGGAGAGCCCAAGCUGAUAAUGGUUGCCGACGACGGCGGGGAAACGCUCGAGUUCGCGCAGCUGAAAAAUGGUUUGCGACAACCGCAUUUCAACAAGACGGCAAACGAGAUUCAGGAAAUUUUUGAGCACGUGCCUGAGACCCCGUGCAGGGAUGACGACAUUAUGCUUGCGACAUUCGCGAAGACCGGCACGAACUGGCUGUACGAGAUAUUGUCGAUGGUGCAGCGAAGGUCGGCGGCGCGCGUGCAGGAAACAAAGAUGUCCACCAUGUUAGAGGCAAACCCAGCCGAUGUCAUUGACAGUCGGCCAUCACCACGUGUCCUCAACACUCAUUAUAGGCCAAGUUGUUUACCUAAGGACAUGGCCCGGAAGAAGGUGAAGACCGUACUGUGUCUGCGAAACCCGAAGGACACCGCCGUCUCCUACUUCGCGCACAUGACGGCCAUGCGUAUCUACAACUACACCGGCAAGUUUACGGACUGGAUCGGACCUUUCGUCCAAGGAGAAUUGGAGUACAACUCGUACGCGGACUACCUUAACGAGUGGCAGCAGGCUAUAGAGGCGGGGCUGGGGUACCCGCUACAUGUCAUGUACUUCGAGAACCUAAAAAUGGAUGGUAUGUCGGAGCUGAACAAGCUACUAGAAUUUUUGGAAGUGGACCUUGACGAGGCGACCCGGGCUGCCAUCCUUGCCCAGUGUGACUUUCGUAAUAUGCGGAAGGACAAACCGGAGAUCGUGCCGUCCGUGCAGCAUUUCAAAAAUAGCAACCUGUUUAGAGAGGGUCAUUCCUUCUACAGGAAAGGGGAGGUCGGUGACUGGAAGAACUGGUUCACGGUGGCCAAAAGCGAGAUGUUUGAUGCCGUCUGGACCUCCCAGAUCCGCCCAGACACCAUGUUUCACUUCCGGUACACGAUGUGA